GGAGGCGGACACUCAGCGGCAGCAGGUUUGUGAGAGCAGCAGCCGGAGGAGGAGGAGGAAGAAGGAAGGAGGAGAAGGAGGAGGAAUCAGAGCGAGAGAAACAGUGUGGCUGCAGUCAGGAGGGACACAAACACUGGGAGAGAGACACAGAGAGAGAGAGAGAGAGAGAGAGAGGAGGAGAUACAGAGAGAGAAGAGAAGGUUUCCCCUCCUCACCUCACUGACCCAUGAAAGAAGCCAUGCCGGUGCUCACAGCAGGAGCGGGGCUUCAUGAGACGUUGGCCCUGCUGACCUCUCAGCUGCGGCCCGAUGCCAACCACAAAGAGGACAUGGUGUUCCUCAAAGAUGUCUUCAGUGAGAGGAGCCUGGGAUACCUGAUGAAGAUCCAUGAGAAGCUGAGACAGUAUGAGAGACAGAGUCCAACACCUGUCCUCCACAGUGCCUCUUCUCUGGCAGAGGAUGUGGCAGAGGAGCUGCAGAGUGGACCAAUGAGCACUGAGGAGAAGGAGCUUCUGCACUUGCUGACAUCGCCUCAUCUCAAGGCUGUUCUUUCAGUGCACGACACUGUGGCUCAGAAGAACUUCGACCCCGUGCUGCCGCCGCUGCCGGAUGACUUCGAGGACGAGCUGGAGGAGGAGUCGGUGAAGAUUGUCAGGCUGGUGAAGAACAAGGAGCCUCUGGGAGCCACCAUCAGGCGGGAUGAAGCCACCGGGGCGGUGAUCGUGGCUCGGAUCAUGAGAGGAGGUGCAGCUGAUCGAAGUGGUUUGGUCCAUGUUGGAGAUGAACUCAGGGAGGUGAACGGAGUCUCGGUAAUCCACAAGAGACCAGAUGAGAUCAGUCAGCUGCUGUCCCAGUCCCAGGGCUCCAUCACUCUAAAGAUAAUCCCUGCCAUUAAGGAGGAGGACCGACUGAAGGAGAGCAAGGUCUAUAUGAGAGCCUUGUUUGACUACAUCCCAUUGGAGGACAAGGCCACGCCGUGUCAAGAGGCGGGACUUCCCUUCAAACGGGGAGACAUCCUGCAGGUCGUGACCCAGGACGACCCCACAUGGUGGCAGGCCAAACGAGUGGGAGACAGCAACCUGCGGGCCGGACUCAUCCCCUCCAAACAGUUCCAGGAGAGGCGACUGGCCUACAGGAUGAAAAUGGGCACGCUCCCGAAUCCAAAAUCCCCUAAAAAGCCUGUCUAUGACCAAGGAUGUGAUAAAGAGGACUGUGACUGUGAGGGCUAUUUCAAUGGACAGUACAUAGUCUCUCCUAAGUGUAAAGCAGUGGCGCCCUCCUGUGGCCAGGUGUUUUCCUGGGAAUUUUAUUCAGCUGGUUUACGGAGGAGUUUCCGGCUGAGUCGUAAGGACAGGCAAGGAUCAUCAGGAGAGGGCUCUGAUCCCGGAGACCCCGACUUCAUGACUUACGAAGAGGUGACCCGCUACCAGCAGAGGCCCAAUGAGAGGCCUCGCCUGGUGGUUCUGAUCGGUUCCCUCGGAGCACGAAUCAAUGAACUCAAACAGCGGGUGAUUGCUGAAAACCCACAUCGUUAUGCAGUAGCUGUACCACACACCACCAGGCCCAAGAAACCUCAUGAGAAAGAAGGCGUGGAGUACCACUUUGUCACAAAACAGCAAUUUGAUGCAGAUGCUUUGAACAACAAGUUCAUAGAGCACGGGGAAUACAAAGAGAACCAGUACGGCACCAGUAUAGAGGCGAUCCGCUCCGUACAGGCCAAGAAGAUGUGUAUAGUGGAUGUGCAGCCUGAGGCCCUGAGGAGGCUGCGGACAGCAGAGUUUAAGCCCUACGUAAUAUUUGUCAAACCUCGUGUUCCUGAGAGCAGACGCCGCCGCAGUGCUGCCACUUCGCCAGGAGGGGGAGAGCAUGGCCGCGUAACAGACGAGGACCUGCAGGAGAUGCGUCAGUCUGCCAUUCAGAUCGACCAGCAGUAUGGACACCUGGUGGACCGGGUCCUGAUCAAGGAGGACUCGGCCAGUGCCUGUGCAGAACUGCGAGGUAUUCUGGAAAGGCUGGAGCGAGAAUCCUUCUGGGUGCCUCUCUGCUGGGUGCGGACCUAAAGAUACCUACCUACCUACCCCCACCCCACAUGCAUCUUCCAGAGGAACUUCACAGCCCACCCACCCAAAUCCUGCACAAGUCCCUCUCCUCAUGAGCUGACCCCCCUCGUCCCCCCGGAGUCAGACAGCCAUUAACUGCAGCACCAAAGGGAGAGGAUGAUGUCAGAGGAAGACCUCAUUGUCUGGGGUGUUGCCGCAGAUGGACAGCUCAGUUUAUUGUCACUUCCUCAAUGAUCGCUCCUUUCUCGUGUCAUAUUUAUUCAGGUUUUCUUUGAAUUUAUUUGACUUCAAACACAGGGAACAGAAGAAAGUUUGUGGUUUAACAAGUGUUUUAUUCCUCACACUGUCACGCUCUCGAGCUGCAUUGUUCAGAGUGUGUCAGGUUUGGGAUCCCACUCACAGGAUUGCUCAGUCAGUCAGCUUUAUUGUGACUCCUGUUGGAGUACCUUCAGUAGCAUGUUUUUUAGUUUUACAGUUUUAAUGCCAACUGCAGAAUGCUUCCUUGUUAAUUCUUACUGCUCAUGCAUCCUGUACAGUAUAAGAACCAAUCCAACAGGAGAAAUUAACAUGAAUUUAAGGGAAUGCUGUUCAACACAAAUGUGUUCUUUUUGCUAAACCAUUACUAUAAUUUCCACACAUGGACAGAAAAAAAAAAACAAAAAGAUCCAAAUAGAAUGUGAGAAUUUUAUUUUCUACAGAACAGUUUGUUUUUAGGAAACGCAUGACAACUGGUUAUUUAAUCUCAGAUGUAAAUAUUGUAAAUGUUACUCCUCGUGUGCCAACGAAAGAUCUCGUAGCACUUCAAUGCAACCUGUUUACCUUCAGUCCCGUGUGUUAAACAAUGCUGUGCACAAAGUCUGUGUGGAUGGAUGUCACAGUGUAUGUACACAUACACCAACAUGUAAUGCUACUUUUAUGUACAAGAAUGGGUUUUGUACAGUUUCCUUGCACAUGUGUUUUUUAGACAGAAGAAGAUGGUACUAGUUGUUUUCUUCGAGAAUCAGGGUUUUGUGUUGUCGAACUGGAGACGUAAUAUCCACAGAUUUCAAAUUAGAAUUACAUGAUAAAUCUGCAAACUAUUUUGAUAACUGGUUAAUUGUUUAUAUAUUAUUAAUUGUUCUGGUUACAACUUCUCAAUUCUUUUUUUCAUUCUUCGCAAUAGUAAACUAAAAGUUCUGAAGUGUCACAAAACUAUUUAUUUGUAGACUCUAUUUUCUGACAUUGUACAGAGAGAGAAGUAGUAGUAAAAUAUUUGGUCAAAUAAUGAAAAUAACUUAGUCACAGCCUUAUUUCAAAUUAAAGACCUGGCCCUGAGAUUAUAUAAAUAUGAUGUCAUCUAGCAUUAACAGUGGCAAAAUACUUUUUAGGUUACAGGAUAGGUUUAAAUUUGCCACAUAUGCGAAUUGAAAGAGUUCUUGGUUGUAGCUGUCUCUUCUCCCUCCACUGAUUGUGAAAAAAUCCCUCCCUUGAGAGCAGGAAAAAAAACUGUCUCGCUCCAUAUUCAGUUUUCUUUUAUUAAGACAGAUGAUGUUUCGAGAUUCAAGAUUCACUCUUUAAGAAGGCCUCAGGGCCGAAAAGACCAUCUGUCUUAUACCAUAAGAGGGGAUUUUGUACUAAAAAGACAGUUACUUUGGAAGAGAAUGACUCAUUUUUUUGUACUCAGACUGCUCAAGCUGAUAUUGGCUUCAGCUGAACUUAAUCAUUUUUACACAGAAUGAGGACUGUGGAUUUUUGUCUCCCAUCACUUAUAUCAAAAUCACUUCACAAAGGAAUCUUUCACAACCAGUGUGGAGAGGACAAAUGAUAUGGUACAGCGACCAGAGCUUUGUCUUUGGCCUAUUACUAUUAUAUCAGGAUAGACUUGGAAAAAUGUGAACCUAUCCUUUAAUGACAAAUCACAUCAAUAAGGAAAUACAGGCUUAUGUCACAGGUGACUAGAAAACGAGUGAUCUAUACAGGUUGACCAGAUUUUGGAUAACCUAUCACUCCUACACUGGCAUCUGAUUGAAUAUGUGAGUGUGUGUGGUGAAAAUUAAGCAGCUUCCAGAUCCCUUCUGUUCUUUGUUAAAACAUGCAAUGUCUUCUUGAUCUUUUUAUGUGCUGUAUGAACCCAGAAUGUUGAGUUUGUAAUGUGACAUGUACAAAGUGCCAUAAUAAAGCUAGCUGAAUCAAA